CUAAAGUGUAACCGCGAAAGUGGAAACACACAGUGAGAGGGUCACGGUUUAUGUAACACAACAUUCAACAAUCCUACACUAUUAAUGUGUUUACUGAGGGGAUUAAUCAGGAGAGAAGUCGGCUCAUUUUCUCAUGGACUACCAUGGAAACCCAGCGGAGUCGCCCCCUGCUGGACGGCCCGGAGAAGUGAAUAACCCUAUCCCUUCCAAUCUGGGGUCAGAGGCCAAGAAAGCCGCCAAGAUCCUGAGAGAAUUCACCGAAAUCUCCAACCGGAACGGACCGGAUAAACUCAUCCCCCCCCAUGUGAUAGCGAAGGCGGAGGGUUUGGCCAUCAUCUCCGUCAUCAAGGCCGGCUUCAUGAUCACCGCCAGGGGAGGCAGCGGCAUCGUCAUCGCCAGGCUCGCUGACAGACGCUGGUCGGCCCCGUCAGCCAUCGGCAUCGCAGGUCUGGGAGGAGGCUUCGAGAUCGGGGUGGAGGUGUCUGACCUGGUGAUCAUCCUGAACCAGCGGAGAGCUGUGGAGGCCUUCACCAAGGGCGGCAACCUGACGCUGGGCGGCAACUGCACCGUUGCCGUGGGACCCAUGGGCAGGAACGUGGAGGCUGAUGUGGCUAUCCGCAGCACGGCGGCCAUCUUUACUUACUGUCACUCCAGAGGUCUGUUUGCUGGUAUUUCCCUGGAGGGGUCUGGUCUGAUCGAGCAUAAAGAAACUAACCGCAAGUUCUACUCCCAAGACAUCCGAGCUUCGAUUCUGAACAGCGAUGUGAGCCUCCCUCCGAGUGCUCUCGACCUGUACCACAUCCUGGAGAGCUACACGGACGCCCUACACCUCCAGCGCCAUCUCAAAGAGAGCAGCGAGUGUUUACCAGCCCCGGUAGACCGGUACCAGCCCCAGUGGACCCGGUACCAGCCCCCUCGGGGGGCGGAGCUAGUGGCGAGCUCGUCGUCCACGGCGAUCCCGCCGUUCUCGGGGCAGCAGCCCGGCGACCUGAGCCGUCCCGGCGACCGCAUCACCGUGGUAACAAAGAGGACUCGGUACGACUGGUGGGAGGGGUUUUGGAGGGCGGCACCCGUUGGCAUCUUUCCGCCAACCGUCUCCCAGUGA